CUUGUGGCUCUCUCCGUGGCCUCUGGCCUGGGGCUUUGCUCACUGCUGGGCAUCUCCUUCAACGCAGCCACCACCCAGGUCCUGCCCUUCCUGGCCCUCGGCAUCGGUGUGGAUGACAUGUUCCUCUUGGCUCACGCCUUCACCGAGACCAGCCAGCACCUCCCCUUCAAGGAGCGGACAGGCGAGUGCCUGAAGCGCACCGGGACCAGCGUGGCUCUCACCUCUGUCAGCAACAUGAUUGCCUUCUUCAUGGCAUCCCUGGUGCCCAUCCCUGCCCUGCGCGCCUUCUCCCUCCAGGCUGCGGUGGUUGUGGUGUUCAACUUUGCCAUGGUGCUAUUCGUCUUCCCUGCCAUCCUGAGCCUGGACCUGCACCGCCGGGAGAAACACCGGCUCGACAUCCUCUGCUGCCUCUACAGCCCUUGCUCCUCGCGGGUCAUCCAGAUCCAACCCCAGGAGCUCGCCGACGCCAACGACAACCAUGCCUGCCACCCGUCCCCUUACGGGCACCCCAGCAUGGCCACCAGCACCCAGAUCACCACCACGGUGCAAGCGUUCACCCGGUGCGACCCCUCGGGUCACCACGUCGUCACCGUCCUGCCGCCCACCUCCCAGGUGUGCACCUCGCCCGCCGUCCUCCUGCCCCCCACCGACCCCCUGGGCUCGCAGGUCUUCGCCCCAUCCAGCUCCACCCGGGACCUGCUGGCCCAGCUGGACGAGGCCAAGGGGGGCCGGGAGUGCGUCCCCCUGCCCUUCUGCCGCUGGAGCCUCGCCGACUUUGCCCGGGAGAAGUACGCCCCGCUGCUCCUGCGGACCCGGACCAAGGCGGUGGUGUCGGUGCUGGUCCUGGCGCUUCUGGGGCUGAGCCUCUACGGCACCACCAUGGUGCACGACGGGCUCUACCUGACGGACAUUGUGCCGCGGGACACCAAGGCGCAUGCCUUCAUCUCGGCCCAGUUCAAGUACUUCUCCUUCUACAACAUGUUCAUCGUCACCAAGGGUGGCUUCCAUUACCCGGGCGCCCAAGCCGCCCUGCUCAGCCUGCACCAGGCCUUCAGCACCGUCAAGUACGUGGUGCGGGAGGGCAACCAAGACCUACCCAAGAUGUGGCUCCACUACUUCCAGGACUGGCUGCGAGGGCUCCAGGCCACCUUCGACAGGGACUGGCAAGCGGGGCGCAUCACCCACGACAGCUACCGCAAUGGCUCUGAGGACGGGGCGCUGGCGUACAAGCUCCUGAUCCCGACUGGCAACAAGAAGGAGCCCUUCAACUUCAAUCAGCUGACCACACGGCGGCUGGUGGAUGAGAACGGCAUCAUCCCCCCUGACACCUUCUACAUGACGGUGCGGGCCGCCAACGACCCCCUGGGCUUCGCCGCCUCCCAGGCCAACUUCUACCCCCCACCGCCCGAGUGGAUCCAUGACAAGUACGACACCACGGGCGAGAACCUGCGAAUUCCAGCAGCCCAGCCGCUGGAGUUCGCCCAGUUCCCCUUCUACCUGAGCGGUCUGCGUCGCACGGCCGACUUCGUGGAGGCGAUUGAGAGUGUGCGGGCCAUCUGCCGGGAGGCUGCCCAGCGCCACGGGGUGCUGAGCUACCCCAGCGGCUACCCCUUCCUCUUCUGGGAGCAGUACUUCGGCCUGCGCCACUGGUUCCUGCUGGCCAUCAGCAUCCUGCUGGCCUGCACCUUCCUCGUCUGCGCCUUGCUGCUGCUCAACCCCUGGACGGCCGGCAUCAUCGUCUCCAUCCUGGCCAUGAUGGCAGUGGAGCUGUUUGGCAUCAUGGGGCUUAUGGGCAUCAAGCUAAGCGCCAUCCCCGUGGUCAUCCUUAUCGCCUCAGUGGGCAUCGGUGUGGAGUUCACCGUCCACGUGGCUUUGGGCUUCCUGACGGCUGCGGGGAGCAGGAAUGUGCGCUCGGCCGCAGCACUGGAGCACACCUUUGCCCCCGUGAUGGACGGUGCCAUCUCCACCCUCCUGGGAGUCCUCAUGUUGGCUGGCUCUGAGUUUGACUUCAUCAUGAGGUACUUCUUUGCAGUGCUUACCAUCCUGACGCUGCUGGGGCUGCUCAAUGGGCUGGUGCUGCUGCCCGUCCUGCUCUCUGUCAUUGGGCCACCCCCUGAGGCAUCCCCGGUGGAUAAUGGCCCCCGUCUGCCCCCUCCGGAGCCAGUGCCCCUGUGCCUGGGCCCCGGGGGGCUGUAUGUCCGGCGUGCCCCAGCCUGGCCCGCUGCAUUCCCUGAGCCCUCGGACAUGGAGCACUAUGCAGAGGGUGUGGAGCAGGGCAGCCCCCGGGGACCCUUCAUCGUGCCCCCUGCCCCGGCACACAUCCUGCUGGAGGCUGGCAAGGACCCCAGCUUCCCCCGCAUCACCGUGCUGAAGCCCUACAAGGACAGCCCAGAAGUCCAGGGAAAGAAGGAGGCUCCUGGCCCGCAGCCCACAGCCCCCCUACCCUUCGGGGAGCCGUGCCCCGUGCCACCCCGA